AGGGGAAUAUAGGCUACUGAGUGUGUGUAUAGAAAUAUCUAUAUGUAUGACACAGUCUUUCAUUCAUAAAUAGAUAUACAUUGUUUAUAGUAAUAGUAUCUGCAUACGGGGUCGACUGUCAGCGAACAUUGGUGGACAAUAAGCUAAUAUGAGCUUUCCUGCUUUUGAUAAAAGCGUUGUAACGGGUCCUCAAGAAUGCUAGACAAGCAUGUGAUGAAGGAUCUAGCGCCGUGUUGAAUGGGGACUUUGCGUUGACUCGGUUUCCGUCUAUUCACGCCCGUCAGUGAAAGAGUCGGGAGAGGAGGGGAGAAGUCGUACGGAACCUCAAUCGGUGCCACAUUGUACACCUGAGAAGCGAACUGUACCUGCCGCUACAAUUCUCCACGGCAGCUGGCAAAAUGGGAAUAUCCGCGUCCAGUCUAUUGGAUGAAAGUAAAUCCAACUACAUAAAAGGUCGAGCUGAGGCGGACCUGCAGGAGUUCAGCCCUCACUACAGGAGGCAGUACUCUGUGGCCAGUUUCUCCAAGGUGCAGGAGGAACUACAGCAGGGGAAGACCAAGAUCACACGUCUGCUGCUGCAGAGGGCUGCACCCGAGGAAGGGGCGGUCCUGUACGAAGACAACGCCCUCUACUUCGAUGAAAACAGGAAGUGGAAGGAGAGGUACAUGGUGGUACGUGCCAAUUACUGCCUGGAGUGUCACGACAGCUUCGAGUCCUUUAUGAAAGGGGUUCUUCCAAGCCAAAGACUGCUUCCAACUGGGGGCACUGUGCUGACUACCGAAGAGAAAUACAUGGCUAUGGUGGACAAAUGCUUCCCAGAGGAAGUCAACAACCUGAAGGAGGAUUUUGCCCCCCCCUCUCUCGAGCAUGCCCGGUCAGUUUCCCCGUGUACCUCAGGCUUCCGUACCGGCGAGACUCCUACUUCUGUUUCCGUCAAGAGGCUCGACAGACCAGGUUCCUCUCCGUGCUGUCCGACUGCAUCCGCCACCAGAACCAAGACUUCCUGAAGAAGAAGACAUGUGAAGUGAAGCCUUCCUGAAGCCGUCCAGCUGUACCGUCAGGAGAAAGGCCAGUAUGGAUCCUGGGACAUGCUGAUAGGUAGCGAUGUCAGGGUACUGGCCAACCUGGUCAUGGAAGAUCUGCUGCCCUCUCUGACCAAGGACAUGCUUCCACGGUUAAAGAGCAAGAAGACAGAGAGGAAGAGAGUGUGGUUUGCUGUGAGUAUGAAGCAAU